AUGGAUCGGUUAUAAGAAAAUGGUGGUUCACCUGCUAGGCUAGAUCCGGAUCCUCUCUCAGUGGUAUGGUACCUGGGAGCUUUCAGCGGACUUAUCAUCUUCUUUCUGGUGGUAACCUUCUCAGAAUGGUGUUGCGCCUCAAAGCACCUCUACAGGGGCAACGGCCAGGCACCUCCUCCAUAUAACCAUCAAGGCUAUAAUAGGGCACCUGAGACGCCACCUCCACCAUACCAUCUCUUUGCACCGCCUCCUUACACAGAGGCUGCUGAGAAAAGAGAGCCCAUCUAUAUUAUCCCUGUGCACGCAUCUCCUUCGGGGACCAGCUCGUGACCAGUCCGGACUGAAUCUGUCUACUGGGGUAGUGACUCUCUGAUGCAACCCUAGGACCAGUAUUAAAGUGCUGUGAUCUCAUUAUUUUCAUUUUAUUUUAUUAUUUGUUAAGACAAGGGUAAAAAGUGAAUCUCACUAGUUACCUAUUCCAAUUAAUUUUUGUAAUUGUAUAUAUCAAAGAGUAAUUUUAAAUUAGUUUGUACGCUAUGAAUUAUUUAUUAUGAGUCAAAUGCACUAUUAUAAACAUUGGGCAAUCAUUACCGCAUUUCACACCCAAGUUUUAUAAAUUGGGUAAAUUGUUACCGUCCGAUUGCCCCAUUUUUGUAUUUUGAACUGGCUAAUUAAGCCUAUUAAUGAGAAAAUGUCAAUGUUAUAUUGUUCAAAUCUCACUCAUUUACUUUGAGUCUCUGUGAUUUGGCUUUCUGUUGUGUUCAUUGAAUUUAUCCUAGACAUCAAAUAGAACAUAUCAUAAUGUUUAUAAUCUCCUUUUCUCAACAAAUUACUUAUGUGACUAUUGAACACGAAAGCUGUGUAAGCUAUAAAUACAGGUUCAAAUAUUCUACAAAUACAGCGUAGUAGGGUAUCCUAGUAAAAUUUGUUUAUACAAUUUUCAUUGACAUUAUGAUGUAUCAUAAAAAAAAUUUAAUAAAUUUAUCGUAGCUGCAUCAAUCUUUUAUCUGAAAAUGUUUUAGAAAUAUCAUUUGUAGCUAUAAAACGUUCUUAUUAAGAAAUUAAUCUUGGCUAUAAAUUAAUACACUGAUUUUAAAAUGAAAUAAUAUAUCUAUCAAACAUAUCAUGCAUCAUUGUAAAAAAAAACUUUGUAAUAAUUAUAGCACAAUUAUUCUGAUGAUUUGAUUCCAAUUAUUGUGUUUAUUAUUUUUUCUCAUGCUAAUGGAUUUGACAAUGUUUAUUAUAUUGCAUUCAUUUAUUUUUUUUUUUUUAUGAACAAAGAACUGAUUGUAAAUAAAAUUUACUAUUUAUUACGUUUAGAAUUAAGGUACAAAUUUUUUAUAUAAUAAUUUAGUACUUAAAGAAAUGCUCAAUUGUGUUUAAGAAUACUUCUGAUAAUAAAAUUAUUUACUGGAUUA